UGUUUAUUACCAGCGUCAGCGUGCGCUUUUUUCUUUCGUUCUUAUUAAAUAAAUCCGUUUAAAUCAUCUUUAUUUUCCUUCCCGUUUCACUAAUUUGCUGUUUUGAUUACGUCAACAAGCUGUCACAAAUAAUGGCAAGCCCAAGGAAGAGACAGCGUGUGAAUCCUGCAGAAGAAUCCCUAAGACGAGUGUCAAGAGGUGUGGCAGAAGUUGAUUCCGAAGGGAGGACCCAGUUGCACCUUGCAGCAGAAAGAGGAGACUCAAAGAGGAUCAGGGAGCUGCUAGAAUUGGGAUAUAAUCCCCACGUCAUUGAUAAUUUUUUAUGGAGGCCGAUUGUCUCGGCCCUUAUUCACAAAAAAGAAGCAGCUGCUGAGAUCCUGACCGAAUUCGAUGCUAAACUCUGCUUGCAAACUCUGUAUAUAGCUGCUUGUCGCGGUUUUUGGACUGCUGCUAGACUCCUGCUUCUGAGAGGCCUGCAUCCACAAGAGAAGACAAAAGAUCAGCCUGAAGCCAAUGGAAAGGAUACUCUGGACCAAGUCUUCGCGAAUUUUGACUAUGAACCAGAUGAAUCCGAACCUGAUGAUGAAGUUUACGAAAAACUUCUAGAAAUUGUUAUUGCGUCAUACAUCUGGAAAAACAUGAAAAUAGACUUUUCAAGAUUGCAGGACAGACCGAAAAGAAAACAAAGAUGCAUGCGAAUUGUCUCACAAUGUGAGACUGAAAUGCGAAGGAUGAGAGACACCCGGGUAGUAGAGGGAUCGCAGGUGUUCUUCUUUGACAUCGCUGCACGACCCACCCGCAGGGUGUCCAUCUAUCUGGACAACCCAAGAAUUCGCGAGGUGCUCCACUCAGAUCGCAUCACUGCUGACUUCCCCUAUUACGGCCCUUUUAUCGCCUUAAAAAUCUGGAAGGCUGAGGAGAGGAAGGCUUUACGAGAUAAAUUUCUUUACUGCUUCACCCGAAAGUUACAUAUUCUGCCGGACACCUUUGCAGAUAUGCUUCUUCGGGUUCUCCGUGACAAUGAAUUGGAAAGUUUCAUCCAGGCCUUCCGAAGUGAGCAGCAGUGAACCUAAAAAAUAACUAUCGGGGAGUAGGCAAGCUUGCCGACAGGGGCAUAGAAUUUUUUUUUUUAAAUUUAUAAGUUUCCCUUUCUCCAAUUUUCAGUUUUUAUUGAACAUUAAAGUAAUCAUUCUCUGAAUAACUUGUAAUUUUGCUUAUGUUUUUUAAUGUUUGUAUAUGUAAAGUUUUGUAAAUAAAAGUUUUUAAAAGGU